AACCUUCGCCUCCUGCUGUGGCCUGUCAAUGCGCGUGCGGCAACCUUGGCCUGCACGGCUGCUAUUUCUAGAAUCGACCCCGUUUGCCUUGGCCGUUUCCAUGAAUGGCAUCAACGGCAUAGACCACUCCACACACUGACGGGCAUUCUGUGAUUACCGUAUAAUACGACCGCUUCCUGCUCUCCAAAUCUCGUCUUUCCCACUCCCAUCAUCCCACUGAUCCCAUCCACUCCAGCUCUCGCCCUCCCACGCAAGAGUAUUUCCUUUUGUUCACUUUAUUUUCCUACUGUUUUUCUUACUUGUUUUCGUACCAACCGCUAUAAUGGCUCCCCGCCAGGACACCUCCCCCUUCCGCAAGCUGGUCCUCGUGCCGCUGUGGCUGAUCCGCGACCUCGUCAUGACCAUCAACAUCGCCCUAUUGGCCCUAAUCAUCUUCACCUUUGCCUACGCCGACCGCACGAACAAGCACGACGAGCUCGGCGCCAGCUGGCAGAACCUCCGCAAGAGCGGCAUCACCGCCGUCGCCGUCAUCGCCAUCGCCUCCGUCAACAUGGCCAUCAUCCUGCUGUGCCUGAUCCUCGACCUGGUCUGCCUGGUCAAGCGCAUCCGCCACUCCCUCACCCCCAGGUUCUUCCUGGUCACCAACUGGAUCCAGACCAUCAUCUGGACCGUGCUCUUCGCCCUGUCCAUGGUGGGCACCCGGGCCGUCGCCCCCAUUGUCAUUGCCGUGAUGAUCUACCUCACCUUCAUCGGCAUGCUCAUCUACGCCAUCGUCGUCUACCGCCACGAGAAGCGCAACCCGCCUGUGGACGAGCACAACAAGAUGGACUUUGUGCACCAGCCCCACAUGGCCUAAACGGCUCGAUGGCACCGUCGCCACGCUCGAGAGUCUCAGGGCGCAGCAAGCGCCCGUGUUUUACGAAUCUCCUAUCUGUCUUGUUUUGCCACAGCCCUUGUUCAAGCUGUUCCUAGCGUUUUAUCCCCAUUCUUAGCCGCCUCGCGAGUCACUACCUAGGCUGGCUGCAGUUUACGAUGCAUCUCACAAGGAGUAUCGACUGCUUCUCAGAGUAGCACUCUGCUUAUUUUCUCGUUCCAUCAAGCUCUCCUUGUGGUGCCGUCUCGUGACACGAUGUUGAACUAUGCAUCCGCCCCCAAAUACAUCACAAAUGCCCGCCAUAUGUCCACUCCCCCAUUCGUGCAUGGAAACCCCCAAGACCCCACUCACCAACAUCCGUGC